AUGGAAGGCCACUGGUCUGCUCAGCACGGUCGAAAGGGGUGUUCAAAUCUUGACUGGAGUGCUGCUCCCUUGCAGACUUUCUUCCGAGGGAAUAAGCUGCGAUACUUUACCAACACGGAUUCUUCAACAAGACUAGAUGGCAACAUAGCCAGCAUGUCUAGGAAACGAGACCAUAUACGACGAAUCCAAAAAAGGCACAACCUGAACAAAUUGGAUGCCGAAGCUUUGGACCAUUACUUUUCUUCUUCCUACAAAAGCUUCGUGACAAAUGACCAGACAGAGAGAAUCUGGCUUGACGUCGUGCCGGAUCUGGCAUACAACCAUGUAUUCCUGCUCGAAGGCAUCUUGGCUUGUACGCUAUUACAUAUGGGAUACCUAAAUUCUACAAAGCGACAGAUAUAUAUCCUUCACGCCUGUGCUCACCAAGAUUCAGCACUUCCACAAUUUCGUCAUGCAAUUCACCAUCCAGACGAAAAGAACUGCGACGCAAUAUUGUCAUUUGCUUACUUACUGAUCAUUUAUUCCUUUGCGACGGAUACCCAAAACGCCAUCAACUCACUUCUCAUUGUGGAAGAUAACUCGGACGAAACGGAACUGAUUCUUCCUCAAUGGCUGCAUUUCAUUCGCGCCGGUUGUUCAAUGCUCUGCGAUGUCUGGGACCGAAUCGAAAAUGGCCCGGCAAGCGCACUGGCUUUUGCAUGGGACGAGUACGGAGCGAAUAAGUUCGAAGAUGAACGCGAGGACCUGCCGUACUUGGACUACUUCAAGUCUCUCGUUCCAGAUGACGGGUCCUGGUCAGACGAGUCUAUCGAAAUCUAUCAGUCUGCUGCAAAUACAUUGACUGAGUCAUUUGCCCUCCAUGGGCGUGCAAAGAGGAAGUCCCAUGCUAACCCAUGGAAUAUUCUCGGCGUGUGGCCGGUACGUUUGGAGGUAGCGUUUAUCUCCCUGAUAUCUGAGCGACAUCCCGGGGCGCUUAUUCUACUUGCGUAUUACUGUGUUAUUCUGAAAGAUAUGGAGAACUGCUGGUAUUUUGAAGGGAGACCAGCGAAAUUACUUCAGUCCAUUGCAGAUGUGCUGGACCCAAGAUGGCAUCCUUAUAUUCAGGGGCCAAUUGAAGUUGUUAUGGGGUUGAAAAUUAUAGCCAGAUGA